AACAGUGCAUGGAUAUUAAUAUUGCAGUAGAAUCGAUAGGCGGGUUCGAUUUAAGAAAAUCCCAAGUAUUUAACUUGUCGACUUAGUAUUACAUGCAUUAUUAAUAUCGAACGUGUUGGGGAAAUAAAAAGUGAUUACUAAAUACAUGUACUUGGUGUGCAAACAUAGUGGAAUACAAACAUCGUAUUUUUGCCGCAUAUCUCGAAGUCUAGAUUCAAAGCAUAGAAACCAUGACGGAUUCAUAUUUAGUACCGCGUCCAAGAACUACAGAGAUGACGUUUUGGUCCAGAUAUGACCCGGUCUUGCAGCCGAAAGGAAACACAGACCACUGGACGAAAAUGAAACAAAGAGCGACCCAGUUCAAAUCCCUCGACAACCCAGGCAGCCUUGGAGCACCGAUGGUCCUCGACUCUCUCCAAGGUGCGAUGCCCGGCUACUACAUGUACACUCGGCCUCGCAAUUGCGUGAGCCGGGAAUCACUGCGGAGCGCGUACAACCAACGGGCCCGGGAAGGCUUCCGGUAUUGGCUCAUUGAAAGACCUAAACCGACCAGCUUUGGAAAAUACGGUUUAGGGUCCUACAAGACUGUCCUGGGGGUGGGGAACGCACCACGGACGUAGACGAACCACCCAGAGUAACGCUUCCAUUUCCAACAGUAUUUUAGUUGUAUUGGACAUAAUAUUAUACUGGUUUAUAUGUUUUGUUACAAGUUGUUGGAUCCUUUUCUUUUGUUACACGUAUAGUUAUAUGUGAGUAUUUAUAUGUGUGUGUUGUAUAUAUAGACAUCGUUAACAAAUUACAUUUGUUUUGUUAAAACAGAUUUUUAAGGGGUAAAGGAUUCUUAACAUUUAUUUCGUACAAUAAACAGAUAUAAAAAGUUA